AUGGAGCAGCUAUCAGAAUCAAACCGCCGCGAUUCAGCUGACGCGACUACUUCGUCAUCAUCCAUUGCCGUAGAUGGUCACGGCGGCGGUGGUGGAGAAGCUAUGGCUCGAGGCUUAUCAGCGAUGCUAGAGUCCGUCAUAAAGGACUUCGACUCCAAAGCCCUUAAUACGCUCAAUAGCCAAGACCAACUCUCCGGUUCGCUCGAUCGCUUAGUCCAAGAGCUUGAUCAAUUGCUGGAAAACGCUCCAUUGCCGUUCAUAGUCCAACACGCAUCGAGGAUAUCCAGUGUCAAACAAAGAGUUUCGUCGCUGAAUCUGGUGCUUAAGUCUAUACAACGCCGUAUCGAUAGCAUCGAUCAGAUGCUCUCAGCCAACAUCACACAAGGUUAA